AUGUCGUCUCUUUCCAGAUCACCACUUUCCUCCUCCGCAACAUCAUCUCCAUUGAAGCGAAAGACAAUGUCUGUUACUCAAACCUACUUUCUCGCUCACACUGCUCGCGGCAAGCUCUCAUCUGAGGCUGCCCGAGCUGACCACAACCUCCGCCUCCUCGUAGGCCACGCCAACCUUCUCGACUCCCUGAUGCUCGAGCUUGCUGAAGCUGAGCAAGAACAAGAGAGCUGGUUCAACCAGUCCGUCAAGAAGGCCACCAAGACUGAAGAGCCAAAGCACAUCCAAUGGGCCGACACAAUUGUGGAGGAUCCAGAAGAGGAUUGGCAAGCAGAAGAUGCCGACUCUUCUGAUUCAGACAGCGAAUACGAUUCAGAUGACGAUAUGGAGAUGGACACUGGCUUCGCACAAUUGCAACGAGUUCGCUCAAACAACACCAUCUCACUGGUCGAGGAAGUAGAGGAGGAAUACGAGGAUGACGGAGAGGAGGACUUUGAGGGUCUGCAAUUACAUCUCACACCUUCCCGCUCACAACAACCUCCUGAGCUCGAUCACGACUCCGACUCUUCAGAAGACGAGUCGAUGCCACCAUCCCCUCCAAACGACGCCCUCCCAACCUUUUCUGAGAAGCAAAAGAUCGCAACCACAUCCUUCUACUCUAAGCCAACCGGCUCGAUACCACCGUCCGAACAGCAAGCUUUCUUCGAUGAGGGCUUCUACCUCCCACAAAGGACACAACCGAGCUUAAUAUCCGCAAUCAGCGUGUAUUGA